CGCGACCCACCACCCCCCCGACUGCCUCGCACACGCGCCGCAUUGCCUGCACCCACUCUCGUUUCCUUUGUCUACACGUCGCCGCGCUUUUCUCAGACGCUCUCGCCCAACUAUCCGGCCGCUCCAUUUGCAAGCCGGGCGCGCGGAUAUAGACGGGCAUCGCUGACAAAGAGCGCCGUGCUAAGCGGCCAGUAAUAGCCCCGGACUUGUCCGCGGCAAACAUCAGCAAAGAUGCCCAAAUCUUCCACACUGUCGUUGGCCAUGCGGGGGAAGCCAAAGGAUAAUGGCAAUACGCCCAUGAGCCCGCGGAGUCCACGGUCGCCAGAUUUGCCAGAGGAGUUUGAAUACGCAGCACCCAAUGCCGCAUUCCACAACAUGCCACAGUCGCCCGCCUCGCCCAAGCCUCGCAAGGACUCCAAGAGCAUCUUUGCCAAUUUUUCCGCCAACAAGUCGUCGUCGCGCCUGAACAACAGCCAAGGUAACCCAAUGCGCCAGCAGCAACCAUCCCCCAGCCUAUAUUCCAAUGGGCGGAGUGGCGCCUCCACACCGGAUCUCGGCCGCCCCGUGCGCACUCCCAAUUCUGACGAUACGAGCUCCGAAGUGGUACGCUUGGACCAGCGGACAGAGUCUGGCUUGUCAAACGAAUCUGACACGCACACCGACCCUUCUAAACGCACCACCAUAAAGCCCAAGAAGCAAGGUAUUCUAUCCAGAUCAAAGUCUAUCAAAGAAGGCGAAGGCUCGGCAUCCCGCACAAAGCUGAACAAGGUACCUCCGGCGCAAUUGUCACCGGACAUUGCAGGGUCGUGGACGACGAAUGGCGACGGUACGCCGCUCAAGACCGCGCCAAUCGACAAGGGUCAGUCCUGGCGCCAGAUGGGCAUGGGCAAGAUGAGGACACAUUCGGCGGAUCGGCAGGACGGAUACAAGGCAAUACCACGCGAAGACGACAAUGGGUCAAGAAGAGACAAGUCCGAGCAGUUGUCGGUCGCCUCCAACUCGUUCAACGAAAGCAAAGGCCAUGGCUUCAUCUCCAAGCUUGGUUCAGGGGCUCGCAACAUGGGAGAGAAGAUGGACUCUGCGCGCAAGGGUGUUUUCGGCAAACUGGGACGGAGUUCGAGCAACCACGAGAGCCAGACGCCUAUACUGAACGAGCCAUAUGUCUGCAAAAUCAUACAUAAGCCGCUGAUAGAACAGACGCGGCUGACUCGAAUAUCGACUCGGCUGGAACAGUCACGCGACAAGACAGAAUUCUGGAUGCCGGCUUUACCUUGGCGGUGCAUCGACUACCUAAACAUGCGAGGUUGCGAAGAAGAGGGCCUAUAUCGUGUCCCGGGCUCAGCCCAGCAAGUCCGGUAUUACGAACGCAAGUUUGAUGAGGACCGGGAUAUUGAUUUAAUCAGCGACCCAAAUCUCAACGAUCCCAACGUCAUUGGCUCCCUCUUCAAAAACUGGUUACGACAACUACCAGAUGAAAUUUUCCCGAAAACGAUACAAGCCGCAAUCCAACAAGAGUGCCAGGGCGCAAAGACGACACCACAGAUGCUCAAGGAUGAGCUUUCGAAACUGCCCCCGUUCAACUACUAUCUUCUAUUCGCAAUCACUUGCCACAUCAGCCUGUUGCACUCUUGCUCCGAAUUCAACAAGAUGAACUACAACAACUUAUGCAUCUGUUUCCAGCCAGCCAUCAAGAUUGAUGCCUUUUGCUUUCAGUUCCUUAUCUUGGAUUGGCGAAACUGCUGGCAGGGCUGCUGGACAGAGAAGGAUUUCCUUGCAGAGGAGAUCAACUUCCUCAACGCGGUCGAGGCCGAGAACCAGCUCCAACAACAACAACAACUACUACUACAACAGCAACAACAACAACAACAACAGACGUCGAAAAAUGGUCACCCUCAGAGCGCCGGCAAAAGCAAAGGCUCGUCACAACAGAAGCCUUCUACCAAACGGAGUCAAUCCACGGACCACAUCAAAUCGUCUUCACGGGGACUCUCCUCGGACAGAAAUGGACGUGCCACACCAUCCAACCCUCCACUGGUCUUGCCAGAACCUUCGAGCAACCCGGUAUUGCGCAUGCGUGGCGGUGGUUACGGUGAGCGUGAGACGUCGCCAGAACGGGUGACUUCGUCUUCAGACAGCCGAGAAGGUGUACCCCACAAACGAGGAGCCCCACGCGCGCCCCCAUCGGUUAGCACAGAGGCGUCUUCGAUUGACCUGGAUGAAAACACGACACCCACACAAGCGAAUCAUGGCCGUGACCACUCAGAAUCGACACAAUUCCGCCUGGACCUACGCGACCCACCAGGCUCACCGUUCAACAUCAAGUUUUGAGAAAAGAAACGAAAAAAAAGGAGGAGUCGAGCAGUAAAUAGGCCCCUUGGUGCGCACGCAUGAGGCGAUGAACAAGAGAGGGUUGGAUUUGAGCGGUUGUUUUGCGCAUCUUCAAUUCGUCCUGUGUGAGCUGCCACGAGGGCGCGAUACCCGUCUUUUGACCACUCUGUGCUCGUGGCAGCAGUCUUGCCCCGAUAUUUGUUUAGUAGCCAGCGCUGGAGUUUGGGCUGCAUAUUCAUUAGCUGCUUUAUUCCUGCAUCAUGUUGCAUACAGGCGUUGG